AUGUCUGUGAGGGUCAGGGUGAUGUCUGUGAGGGUCUGGGUGAUGUCUGUGAGGGUCAGGGUGAUGUCUGUGAGGGUCUGGGUGUUGUCUAUGAGGGUCUGGGUGAUGUCUGUGAGGGUCUGGGUGAGGAUCAGGGUGAUGACUGGUCUGGGUGAUGUCUGUGAGGGUCUGGGUGAUGUCUGUGAGGAUCAGGGUGAUGUCUGUGAGGGUCAGGGUGAUGUCUGUGAGGGUCUGGCUGAUGUCUGUGAGGGUCUGGGUGAUGUCUGUGAGGGUCUGGGUGAUGUCUGUGAGGGUCUGGGUGAUGUCUGUGAGGGUCUGGGUGAUGUCUGUGAGGGUCUGGGUGAUGUCUGUGAGGGUCUGGGUGAUGUCUGUGAGGGUCUGGGUGAUGUCUGUGAUGGUCUGUGUGAUGUCUGUGAGGGUCUGUGUGAUGUCUGUGAGGGUCUGGGUGAUGUCUGUGAGGGUCUGGGUGAUGUCUGUGAGGGUCUGUGUGAUGUCUGUGAGGGUCUGGGUGAUGUCUGUGAGGGUCUGGGUGAGGAUCAGGGUGAUGUCUGUGAGGGUCAGGGUGAUGUCUGUGAGGGUCUGGCUGAUGUCUGUGAGGGUCUGGGUGAUGUCUGUGAGGGUCUGGGUGAUGUCUGUGAGGGUCUGGGUGAUGUCUGUGAGGGUCUGGGUGAUGUCUGUGAGGGUCUGGGUGAUGUCUGUGAGGGUCUGGGUGAUGUCUGUAAGGGUCUGGGUGAUGUCUGUGAUGGUCUGUGUGAUGUCUGUGAGGGUCUGUGUGAUGUCUGUGAGGGUCUGGGUGAUGUCUGUAAGGGUCUGGGUGAUGUCUGUGAUGGUCUGUGUGAUGUCUGUGAGGGUCUGGGUGAUGUCUGUGAGGGUCUGGGUGAGGAUCAGGGUGAUGUCUGUGAGGGUCAGGGUGAUGUCUGUGAGGGUCUGGGUGUUGUCUGUGAGGGUCUGGGUGAUGUCUGUGAGGGUCUGUGUGAUGUCUGUGAGGGUCUGGGUGAUGUCUGUGAGGGUCUGGGUGAUGUCUGUGAGGGUCUGGGUGAUGUCUAUGAGGGUCUGGGUGAUGUCUGUGAGGGUCUGGCUGAUGUCUGUGAGGGUCUGUGUGAUGUCUGUGAGGGUCUGGGUGAUGUCUGUGAGGGUCUGGGUGAUGUCUGUGAGGGUCUGGGUGAUGUCUGUGAGGGUCUGGCUGAUGUCUGUGAGGGUCUGUGGGAUGUCUGUGAGGGUCUGGGUGAUGUCUGUGAGGGUCAUGGUCACGUCUGUGAGGGUCUGGGUGUUGUCUGUGAGGGUCUGGCUGAUGUCUAUGAGGGUCUGGGUGAUGUCUGUGAGGGUCUGGGUGAUGUCUGUGAGGGUCUGGGUGAUGUCUGUGAGGGUCUGGGUGAUGUUCUGAACUUGUUCAGUUGUGAGACACUUUAA